GGCUCUCAUGUAAGAGCCCUGUCAUUGUAAUGCAGCAAUCGAUGUUGCUUAAGUUCUCCGAAUCAACAUAAGAUAAACAUUGACAUACUCCUUUGACUAAACGGAUCGUACCUUUGUUGCGUUUUCAAGAUUAAACACAGGGAAAACCUCGUGUAUUUAUUUAUUUUUAAUCGAAGCGCUUAUGUUUUUCUGCAAUGCCCUGUGAGAUCGAAAGCAGGAGGACAGAGGAGGGUAUUGAAGAAUGAUGUACCCUGCAAUAAUAUGGAUUUAAAGAAGACUAUUAUAUGUUUUCAGAGGGACAGCUGACAUAUUACAACCCACUGGAACUGUGAAGCAUUCGGAUCGCGUUAAAUGAUCGACUCUAUUGUGAUCACAAGUGACCUGCUAUUAUUCAUGCGAAACUACAUGGAAAAUAGAUGCACACUGAGGACAGAAUACUUCUAAACCAUUGCAUUAUUUGUUAUUAAUUAUACUUACAUAUUAUGUUUUGACCAAGUUUGCGAUGGGAAACUCAAUGACGACGCGAAGGGUCAUUGAGUUAACAAGGCACUACUACAGCAAAAGAGGCUGCUUGCAACCUCUUCUUUUUCUUUUAAUUUAAGAUGACAUCAUGUAGCUCGUGUACUGUACAUCUCCAGAUUUGAUUUUAUCUAUGUACGUAAGCUGAGAUAAAAGACAGCGCAAGCAUGUGAGAUGGCUUUUAACUGGGUCAGAUAGUGACAAACUAGUUAUCCGCAUCCUAGUGCAGAAUAAAACAUUGAGCUACAAAACUUGUGAUUGUGCUCAGAUUGACCACUUAGUUUUAAAUUGUACUAUUUGUAAAAUCUCGAUUUUAACUCGGGAAUGACAGGCUUCUUGAAUAGACUGUGGCUUGGAUUAUAAAGAGACUGAAGAACGUGCCCCAACAUCAUCUCCAUCACAAGCUUUUGUACAUUACUGGACACCUGCCCAAAAAUGGAGACCGUGGGAGAUUUUGAAUACAGCCGAAAAGACCUCGUUGGACAUGGAGCUUUUGCAGUUGUCUUCAAGGGUAGACACAAAAAGAAGAUUGAUUGGGAGGUCGCCAUCAAGAGUAUCAACAAGAAGAAUCUCUCAAAAUCCCAGAUUUUGCUCGGAAAAGAAAUCAAAAUUUUAAAGGAACUCCAGCAUGAGAACAUUGUGGCACUCUAUGAUGUACAAGAAACGCCAAGUUCUGUGUUCCUGGUUAUGGAGUAUUGCAAUGGAGGAGACUUGGCAGACUAUUUGCAAGCCAAGGGCACGCUAAGAGAGGAGACGCUAAGGGUCUUUCUACAGCAGAUUGCAGCGGCCAUGCGCAUCCUGAACAGCAAGGGGAUUAUUCACAGAGACCUGAAACCUCAGAACAUUCUGCUUUCGUACACAGGCCGCAAGAAGUCGAGCAUCAACGGCAUACGGAUCAAAAUUGCUGACUUUGGUUUUGCAAGAUAUCUCCAGAGCAACAUGAUGGCCGCCACAUUAUGUGGAUCCCCGAUGUACAUGGCCCCAGAGGUGAUCAUGUCCCAGAACUAUGAUGCUAAAGCUGACCUGUGGAGCAUUGGGACUGUCAUUUACCAGUGCCUCGUGGGAAAGCCACCAUUCCAGGCGAACAGUCCCCAAGACCUAAGGAUGUUUUAUGAGAAGAACAAAACUUUGGUGCCAAUCAUCCCUAGGGAAACAUCUCCUCAUCUCGAAAAUCUGCUGUUGGGUCUACUUCAGAGGAACCAGAAGGACCGCAUGGAUUUUGACACUUUCUUCAGCCACCCUUUCAUGGAUCCAACAUCAACUAUUAAAAAAUCAUGCCCUGUGCCAGUUCCUAAAUGUCCUGGUUUGGUCUCAGAUAGCACAUGCGGCAGCUCUCCAUCCUGUCGUUACGUCUCUCCUCCAUCACUACCAGACAUGCAGACUCUCCCAGAAGACGUGCUGUCCUCUCCACCUCUUGGCCCUCCCAACUACCUGCAGUUGUCAGCUGGUAGCACCAGCAGCAAGAACUCCUCUUGCGACACCGAUGACUUUGUGCUUGUGCCCCAUCUCUCUGGAGACCAGUCUUAUGACCUUCCAAUAGGUGCAGUGGGCCGCAGGCCGUCCAGUGAAUUCCUGUUGUGCGGAGGGCAGCCUCAGCCAUCCGCUGGACAGACCCAAAUGGUGUCACCACGAAGCGAAACCACCCCGAUACCUGUGCCCACACAGGUACGAAACUAUCAGCGAAUCAAACAGAAUCUCUCAAGCAGCCCAACCACCACUCUGUAUGGCUCUCCCAGGUCAGGCACAGUGCGGCGAUCCAACACGAGCCCCAUGGCCUUCCCUAAAAUGGUUUCUGGGUCCCCUAGCCCUGCAGAUACAGUACAAACCGUGGGACGGCGUCUUUCAACAGGCAGUUCUCGACCUUACUCCCCUUCUCCACUAGUGGGCACUAUUCCUGAACAACUUGGACACUGCUGUUGCGGACAUCCCCAAAGCCACGAGGCACGAAGUCGCAGCUCUUCAGGCGGUUCCCCUGUGCCCCCCUCUCAACUACUAGGUGCUCGUCUUCAGAGCGCACCCACGCUUACUGACAUCUACCAGAACAAGCAAAAGCUACAUAAGCAGCUGUCGGAUCCAGUGCACCCCACCUCAUUAGCCUACCCCACAAGCCACUCCCCGCAGUUCAGUCGCCCUGGCAACCUCGGUACCUCCCCAACAAAGCACCUUGGCUCGUCCCCUCGCACCUCUGAUUGGUUAACCAAGUCGCCCCUGCCGACCAUCAUUGGCUCUCCUACUAAGGCAACAGCUCCCUUUAAAAUCCCUAAAACUCAAGCUUCGUGCAACCUUAUGGCCCUGGCAUCCCAGCAGGGUAUAGCCGACAGCCCCAUCCCAACUAGGACGUAUAUGGAUGGACGUGACCUCUGUGCACAUCACUGUUCUGCAUAUCCAAGCGUGCGUCAGGCUGCACCAGAGGCCAGCAAAACUUCCUUUGGCAGGUCUGUGAGUGCCGGACGUUUGUCGGAGCAGCCAGUAAGAAUCACUUUGGGAGGGCAGCCGUACCAAGGCAGCACAGAUAGCCUUAACACAGAAAGACCGAUGGACACAGCCCCAGCAGGGAAUUGCGGUCUGCCAGCAGGUGGUGCGAGUUCCCGCAUGGUUGUGUUCACGGUGGGCUCACCCCCCAACAGCAGCACCCCACCCACCUGUAGCCAUCUUGCCUCUCGUCCGCGCACCACCUCAGUUGGUUCAAACAGCUCAGCAGGCUCCCUGUCCUCCACGAGCGGUAAGGUGCAUACGGGUUCUCCUCCGGGUAUGACCAUCGGUAACUCUCCGCCUGGAGCUGAGGCAGGUCCUAGCAGUUUGCGCUACGUCCCAUAUGGCACCUCUCCACCCAGCUUAGAGGGAUUUAUCACCUUUGAAGCACCGGAACUGCCUGAAGAGACGCUGAUGGAGCGUGAGCACACGGACACACUGAUGCACCUGCGCAUGAUGCUGUCAUUUACGGAUAGUGUACUUGAGAUCGCUUCUCUCCGGACUGGAGGACCAGAUUUAGGUGCAUCGGCUGCCUCUCUUUAUCCACCUCAGGACAGUGUGGUAGUGGACCAGAUCAGUCAGCUCAGCAAGGAGUGGGGGCAGGUGGAGCAGUUGGUGUUGUACAUGAAAGCUGCACAGCUGCUCGCCUCUUCACUACACCUGGCCAAGGCUCAGAUCAAGUCUGCCAAGCUUAAUCCAUCCUCAGCUGUUAAACAAGUGGUGAAAAGUCUAAAUGAACGAUACAAAAGCUGCAUCUCUCUGUGCCGCCGCCUCACGGACAAACUGAACCACUUCUUCUCUGACAAGCAGAGAUUUGUAGAUGAGAUCAACAGUGUGACGGCUGAAAAGCUCAUCUAUAACCAUGCUGUAGAAAUGGUGCAGUCAGCGGCACUAGAUGAGAUGUUUCAGCAGACAGAAGACAUCGCCUAUCGCUACAACAAAGCUUCAAUGCUGUUGGAAGGCCUGUCAAAGAUCAUCCAGGACCCAGCUGAUAUCGAGAAUGUUACAAAAUACAAGGCAAGCGUGGACCGGAGGAUCUCUGCUUUGUGUUACUGCACCGUUACUCUGUACGAAUAGUCUCAUUUGAAAACCUCAUUGAUGCUCGCACUCCAGGGACCAUUACUUCUCAUCUACACAGAGAAGAUCACGAGAACACCUUGUCCCUUGUUUUCAUUUUGUAGCAGUCAAAGCACUUUCCGUUCCUUUUCUUUACUCUCCUUACAAUCACAAGAAGCAACAGAUCAAGUAUUACUUUAUUUGCAGAUGAAACUUUGAAAAGGACGUGGAUAAGUUCACUACCAAAGAUGAAAACUAAAAAUAGAGAUUUUAUUGUAUGAAAACACUGUUGGACUUGCAGUUGGAUCUGUCGUCUGUUUUCAUCUUUUUCCUGUCCAACACCACAACAGGUGGGACAACUCGAAUCAAAAGACUUCUGUUCCCUUUUUUACACAAACUAAAAGGACUUUGAUAUGGGAAUCCUAGGAGGCCCAAAUGCAAAUCACUUCAUAUUCAUCGUUUUGUACUGCACUCUAUUUUAUUUAUUGGUUGUAAAAAGAUGUGUUGGCAUUCUUGAUAAUAGUAUUCAAAGACGAUAUAGAGGCCCACGUCUGACUAUAAUUACUGUCAAUCCAAGGGGUACCGCACAUAUUAUCGCACUUACACCAAAAUAAAAAUAGAUACAUACACACACAGUCAUGGUUCUUCUUACAUGUUGAUAUAAGGCUGAAAAAAGCCUUAAAGAGGAACCAACAGUAUUCAGCUUUGAAGCAAAUGCACUUUAUUGAAGGAGAUGUGGAAGAUACUUGACCUAGAUGGUCUUUGAAGUAGGACAACUAUGAUGGGGAGACCCGUCAUCUUUUUACACAAUCUCUACCAGUGCCAUCAUUGCAUGGUUCCAGUUUUUUCUCAUGUCCAUAUCUUAAAUCUUUGGAGCGUCUGAAAGGAAGGUGAGCGCUGAAGUGGAUAAAGGCAAGCUAAUGUAGUUGUCUGCGUCCCGUGUUAUUUUGGCCUCAUUAAUUGCGGUCAAAAACCUGAGUAGUUACUUAGCGUUCUUUUGAUUCAGCCGUACUGAAACGUUUUUAUGUUCAUAUUAACACUGUAGCUUUUUAACUGAUGUAAAUAAUUGUAUAUUCUGCAUGUAUGUCUUUACUUUGGUGUGAAUGAAAGAGAGCAAAGCGUGUGAAUGAAAAAGGUGGAUGCUGCCACCACCCCGUCCCUCAAACAAGAGCACAAGACUUUUUUUGACUUUGUAAAAAUAGACACUGACGGCCUACAUGGGUUACCGCUCAGAUUGUCAGAGGCUUCACAGAAAAGCCGAGACCUUUUGCAUGGCAGCUCCACGUUGACACCCACAAAUGACUUUUGCAAGAUUAUCAUUGACUGUGCAUGAUGUGGAUGUCACAAGAGAGAAUGGGCACUGCCAAGCGUGGUCUUGUCAGCUCUUCAUUUCCCUACUCUCCCAUUGUACAGUGUUUGUGUAAAUGCACUUAUCAAGUGCAUACAUGGCCAGUCAGGAUGCUGAAGAACUGAAAGCAUGAGUUGAAUAGUUUACUUUCACUUGUGUUUGUAUCAAACUUCCUGCUCCCUCUCCUGUAAGACUCCAGCAUAUUCUUCUUUAUGUGUUUAUUUUUAUUAUGGCUCUCUGUGAGCCAAAAAGGCCUUUACUGUAUAGAUAAAGAAGGCAGAGGUACCUUCACUUUGUAAUGUUGUAUUAAAUCCAUGCAUAUCUCUGUAGUUGUAGGACUUCUUUAUCCAGGUCUGAGAAGAACUAUAUACAGAUGAUUUUCCAUUAGAGAUGACUAGUACUGAGCACAUGUACCUGUGGAAUGUUAUAAUGUACUUCCCUUUCAAUAGCACCUUUUCCUUUGCAAAUAAAUGCUUACAACCAGCCUA